AUGCCCCGCGGCGCCGAGUACGACAACGGAAUCCCUCAGAGCGACAACGCCAUUGAGGCGGGUGAGACGAAGGCUCAUGGCACUGGCAACAAGGACGCCGAGCUGAACCGCACCCAGAAGGUUGCUCCCAUGCCUGAGGAAACCGGUUCGCAUCGCGAAGUCUUCCCUGGCCAGGGCAGCGCUGGUCCCAACCAGUCUGGCAGUGGCAAAGGCGGACAUGAGCCUAAGACCCUUGGUGAAAACAAGGGUCUGGGUUCUCAGCCUGGUGUUUAG